UAUAGAGGCGUUGUUUCAGUUUACGAAUUGCCUAAAAAUUUCAUUUAAUUUAAAUUUUGAUCAAAAACAGAUACUAAAAGAUAUGAGAUCAUUUUUAAAAUCUCAUAAAAUAUGACAGAUGACUUCAAGUUAUCGAAAGCUGAUUACAUCAUUCAGCAGCUUAACGUAGAAACAGCGAAAAAAGCAUGUUUUCUUCUAGCAUUCAGUUUCAUAAUUUAUCACAGUAUCAUUCAUUUUAAAUACGGAAAUGACUCUUGUAAGUGGCUUCUUCAAGACUUGGGUCGAUUCAAAGGAGACAAAGAAUGGCAGCCAAAUGAGUCUUCUAACAAUAAUCUAGAAUUCAUUGAUAGUCGCUUGAAACUUCGUGUCACUUAUGUUUCCGCUGGUGAUUUAAAAACAAUGUUAGCGGAAUUUGAAAAACUUCUCAAAGAUGUCGAUCCACCAAACUUCAUCAUCGCCAGUUCCAAAUUCAUUAAUUUAUCUUUUCAACCUGAUAAAAGUGAAAAUUUUACUAAGGAAUUGGAGAAAUCUUUCGUUAAAAACUUGACACUCUUAGUGACACCAAUUGACAGUCUCGUAUCAAAACAAACAAGAAUUCUUUGGAAGCUUCAAGAUCCAAUUGAUGACAGUUUAAAUGAACCACCAUUAGAAUGGAAAGAUAUCACAAACUCUGACAUUGAACACUACAAUCGAAUUAUUUCUGACACAAUGAAGUAUUCGAAUGUUAAUAUUUGGAGAUCAGGAACACAAAUCGCUUAUGGGCUCAUUGAAGAGAUGAAAGAUGGCUUCAAAUUAGGACCAAUUGCUUUGAAGCACGACAUUCAAAUCUUAUUGAACAUGUAUUGCAAUGACAACAUGAAUUACAAUGACGGGACUUGUUGCAGUACAUCAGAAAACUACACAAUGCUUCAGAUCAUCACUUAUUCCAUAUUCCUCGUGUGCUUAACUGUAAUGUUGGCUUUGUUUCUUAAGAAAUUGAUUUCAAAGUUACGUGGACAAACUUUGUACAUGCCAUUGCAGCAAGAAAUCAAUCAACCGCCCAUCAGCUCAGUGAAUCGGAUUCAAGACUUUAUACAAGCACUUGGCAUCCUUGGAAUCAUCAUGGUUUACUUCUAUCUAUGCGAUCGGACAAAUUUCUUCAUGAAAGAGAACAAAUAUUACUCUGAGUUUAGCUUUUGGAUUCCUGUUUGUUGGAUGACAGCUGUUGGACUUUUCUUCACGGAAGAUUCAAAGUUUACUCGUGUCAUGCAUCGAGAUCAAACUGAUGAAAUGAAAGGAUUUAUGAUCAUUGUUGUUCUCAUUUACUACAUGACCGGAGCAACUCGCGUCAUCCCAAUUUAUAUGAUCAUCAAAGUUUUCAUCAGCACUUUUCUCUUUCUCAUCGGUUAUCAACAUUUUUCAUACUUCUGGCAAACAGGAAACAAUGGAAUAACUCGAUUCCUAAAUGUCAUGUUUCGAAUCAACUUCAUGACAAUUGUUUUGUGCUUUGCAAUGAAUCGACCUUAUCAAUUUUAUUUCUUUGCACCACUCGUCUCGUUCUGGUUUGGAAUGACUUACUUGACAUUCACAUUGCCACCAAGAAUCACAGCACAAACAAUUGAGAACAAUUCUUAUCAGUACUUAUACUUGGUCAUCAAAUUUAUUUGUUUGUUGAGUGUCAUCACAAUCUUAUACAUGUCGGAAGUUUUCUUCGAAAGAAUUUUCUUAAUGCGACCGUGGCGUGCACUCUUUGUCAGCAUGGAUGAUUUUGUUGAUGAAUGGUGGUAUCGUUUCAAGCUCGAUCGAUAUUCAACAGCUUAUGGAAUGAUGUUUGCAGCUAUUUUUAUUGCUGCUCAAAAGUUUAACAUCGUUGAUGACAGUAAUCACGGAAAUUUAUUUUCAAGACGAAUUUCACUAACUUCGACACUUCUUUCAAUUGCCGGACUUGGGUUUUAUACAACUUUCACUUUCCUGUGCAAAAAUAAGUUGGAUUGUGAAGAGAUUCACUCGUAUGUGGUGUUCAUUCCCAUUAUAAGUUUUCUUGUCUUACGAAACAUCUCAGGAGUUCUCCGUACAAGAUUCUCAACACUUUUCGCGUGGUUUGGCAAAAUCUCAUUGGAAUUGUUCAUUUGCAUGCAUCAUAUUUGGCUUGCUGCUGAUCGACAUGGUGUGCUCGUCUUACUUCCUGGCUUCCCCACACUCAACAUCAUUCUCACAUCUUUCAUUUUUGUUUGCAUCUCACAUGAAAUUCACCGAAUAACUCAGAUUCUUGUCUCAUUUGCUGUGCCACAGCAUGAUUGGCGUUUGGCUGUUAAAAACCUCAUUUUAUUUAUGGUGGUCUUGAUUCCUAUUGGGAGAUCUGAUGGAAUGAUUUGAAUCUUUACAUUUACCUACUGAAAUAUUUUUCAAAUAAUAAAAGGAAUUUCAAUCUAAAGA